GGGGUGAUGGACAGAGCGAUGGUGGGGGAUACUCUUUCCUUCACUAAUUGGUUUAUAUGCUUGCUAGUAAGACACUCCCAGUUUGGGUGGAUCGCUGCAUUGCUGGUCACAGUCUGACUUUAUAAGGCCAGAGUGGCACCAAUAAGCCAUGAGCCGAACCCCAAGACCUCGGAUUCCCAAACCAGCCGUGCCGGGUGGUGGCGUGCGGAAGAGCAGCAGCAGCAGCAGCGGAGGCAGGAUGCUGUCCAUGUCCUACAGCGAGAGCAUCCGGAGCGGCAUUAGCCGCUACCAUUCGGACCAGGGGCUCAGCCAGGCCCAAAGGCACACGGACCAGGCUGAACUUCAGAGGCUCAGGGAGCAGAGGGUGGCCGCGCAGAUUAAGAACAUGGAAGACUUCCUCAAGAUGAAUGGCCUGGUCCUGGAGGAGUGUGUGUCUUACCAGACGGGCAUGAAGUACAGAAACCUUGGGAAGUCUGGACUGAGGGUAUCAUGCCUUGGGUUAGGAACAUGGGUGACGUUUGGCGGUCAGAUCACAGACGAGAUGGCCGAACAGCUGAUGACUCUGGCUUAUGAGAACGGGAUCAAUCUGUUCGACACAGCCGAGGUCUACGCUGCAGGAAAGGCUGAGGUGGUGCUGGGCAAUAUAAUAAAGAAGAAGGGAUGGAGGCGCUCCAGUUUAGUGAUCACUACAAAAAUCUUUUGGGGUGGAAAGGCAGAGACUGAAAGAGGAUUGUCUAGAAAGCACAUUAUAGAAGGUUUAAAAGCUUCACUGGAGAGAUUGCAAUUAGAAUACGUGGACGUGGUGUUUGCGAACAGACCAGACCCAAACACGCCUAUGGAAGAGACGGUGCGAGCGAUGACCCACGUGAUCAAUCAGGGAAUGGCCAUGUACUGGGGCACGUCCCGCUGGAGCCCCAUGGAAAUAAUGGAAGCAUACUCUGUGGCACGACAAUUUAACCAGAUUCCCCCAAUCUGUGAGCAGGCUGAGUAUCACAUGUUCCAGAGAGAGAAGGUGGAAGUGCAGUUGCCUGAGCUUUUUCAUAAGAUAGGUGUAGGGGCAAUGACAUGGUCCCCGCUGGCCUGUGGGAUCAUCUCAGGGAAAUAUGACAGCGGGGUGCCUCCGUACUCCCGCGCCUCUCUCAAGGGCUACCAGUGGUUGAAGGACAAGAUCUUGAGCGAGGAGGGCCGGCGUCAGCAGGCGAAGCUGAAAGAGCUGCAGGCAAUCGCCGAGCGGCUGGGCUGCACACUGCCACAGCUCGCCAUCGCGUGGUGCCUAAGGAACGAAGGAGUCAGCUCUGUGCUCUUAGGAGCCUCCAACACUGAUCAGCUCAUGGAGAAUAUAGGCGCAAUACAGGUCCUCCCGAAGUUAUCCUCCUCCAUCGUGCACGAGGUGGACAGCAUACUGGGGAACAAACCCUACAGUAAAAAGGACUACCGCUCCUAGUGCGUGGGGAGACCAGGGGCCAUCCGCACCGACCUUUGCCUGUUCCUCUGUUUGCUUGAGCUUUUACUGAAUGAGUAACCGGCGCAUGAGACUGGCAGGCACUCCCGACCCUGGAGGGGAAGCCUUUUAGAAAAAUACAGGGCAAGACAAAUAAGAGAAAAAACUUAAAAAAAAAAAUGAAAACAAACAAACAAAAAAAAAAUAGACAGUCAUAUUCACAGAGAAAAGGAAAGAGCCAGACCUACCUGGUGGGAAUAUGAGCUCAUAGAGUAAACUGUUAAACAUUCAACUCUGCAGAAAAAAAAGUCAUUUAAAAACUGAAGUUAAAAAGAAAGAAAGAAAAAAUAGCACACGCUUGCUUGGCUGUUGGAAAUAUUCUGUUUUCCUCUUUGCAUUUUUUUUAUUUUGAUACUGAUGAAUGCGUAUUUGACAAAAAAGCAGAGCUUAAGUUAACGUAGGUAAUCAAUUCACAUUCGUUGCACAUCUCCCAUAGCCACUCAUAAGGUUCGCUUGUUCGUUUACGGACGUCGGUUGCAUCAUCAAAAGUUUCUCCCCGAAAACCUUUCACUGUGUCGUCUGCGUCAUGAUUGCACGUGCCCCUUCGCAGAUGAGCCAAUCAGCACUUUAGGAGUACGUCUGAAGGAGUGGCUAUGGGAGGCACUGAUGUUAUAUGUGAGGAGGGAAAAUAAAUCAACAGCAUCAUCUGUGCUGCUUUUCCUUCCCAAGCACAGGGCAUUGUCUUAGUGUCCCCUGCUGACUGGCCGUAUAGCACAGUCAUAGCUCCAAUAAAGAUCAGCAGUGCUUUCCCAACAGGGCCGUGGGAGAUAACUCAGCUCAACUGAGGCGUUACUGCAGAUGUGGCUGCUUAAGAUAUGCUGGAACUGAGAGUAGCUAAUCUACCCAUGAUAAUCUCAUUAAAAAUAAAGCAUAUUGGCAACUGCAAGGGAAACCUUUAAGGUUUGAAGAUAUUUAACCUGCUGUUCUCUAGUUUAUUAACUGCUAUUAUUAUAAUGUAAGUUAUAAGAGUGAGAGUGAAUUGGAAGUGUGGUGGACCCACAACGAGCCCUUGGUGCGGUUUAAGGUUUAUGGGGUUCAUUUUGGAGGGUUUCAAGGGAUUCGGUACCAUUUGAGCAUUUUGGCAAACAUCAAUUUAUGAUUGAAAGAUUUGAUAAUUUGACAAAAUCCCCUAGACAGUUGCAGCAGCUCUGCAGUUAAUGUCAUCUGUGGUCUAUUAGAGCACAUACUGGUGAAUUGGCGGAUUAUCGUAGCCAAUAAACGCGUAGACUGUUCAAUGGCAUUAGCUUGCUUGCCCCCAUAAGGAGCAUAGACUGGUUCAUGUCAGCAGCUCAGGGACUGGUACAGAAUGUGUGUGUGUGUGUGUGUGUGUUUGUCUGAGUGUGUGAGUGCAUGAUUGCAAGUGAGAAGCAGAGCAUGCGUUGUUUUUUGCGUGGUUAGGAGGCAGAAUUCACUGUCUAAAUGUCUCUCACUUCUGGACACUGGACAUUACUGUUAAGAACCAGUGACAUUACAUGUGGCUGAAGCCAAAGAUAAUAUCCCACUUCCGCCUGCGCCAUUUCUCACUGCAUCUCCGGCUCUCUGGAGGUGAAAAUAUCAUUAAACAGCAUGUACUUCCCAGCGUUUACCUAUGCUAAUGCCAUCUCUCCUUUUCAUUGUAUAUUCUCUCUGGGCAAACCGUCUAGCGAUAUAAAUACAUAUAUACAUAGUGCAUCCUAUAUAUUAGGAAUGAUAAGCAGUCAUUAGACCUUUUCUAAAGGGAUGUUAUUCACAUUAUUUAGCAACAAGCAAUCAGAUGUCCAGAUCCAUGACCCAUGCACUCAAUCCUUCUCAGACUGAUCUAUACCCCCUGGUAAGCACAAGGGAAUUGCAUGAGGUCCAUUCUCCCAAAGCAUGUACUACACAGAACAGCCAUUACUGAACUGAUACAGUUACACUGGAAGAACCGUCUACAGUUUGAGGACAUCGGAUAACGUAUUUGCACAGAUAUUUCUGCUCAAGGUCAAACAGAAAUCACAAAUUUUGGUCAAACAUGGCAAAGAUUGAAAAUGGUUCAGUCUCACUUUUUGCUGGGGGGAAAAAAUAACUUUCGCAAGAAAAUCUCUGUGUCAGAUCAUCAGUUGAGUAGUAUAUGUGUGAGUUUUACCAAGUACUUUGUGUUUGUUCUAUGAUGGGCAAGUUUUUGGAUUAACACUCAGUGUAGACCUUUGUUAUAUUCCGUUGCAAACAUUAGUCAAACGUGAGUUAAUAGAAAAUGUGUGAUAAUGAAUGCAUAUGUCAUCUUUUUAAGAUCCGUGAAAGCUUUCACUCCUCAUAUGAUACCAAUGCAGCUCUUCAUAAUCACUUUCGGAACAAUUUGCACUUUAUCGGUUAUUUUAAUGAAUCCCUUUUUUUCAGUUACUGUAUGUGUUUGUUACCAAAAAAGAUGCUUUAAGUAUAGUAGAGAUGUUCAAAAGAUAAAGCAAGCAUGGCAAACUGGAGAAAACACUUCAGUAGACUUCAAUAGUCACAUGAAAUCCGUUAAAUGAAGAGUAGAUCUGUUUGAAAAGUUAGCAGUAUAAAUAUUAGGUUAAGAUUUAGGCAUCAUUUUUAAAUGUUGGUUAGCUUAGUGAAGUAUCAUCGUCAAAGACGGUACACAUCACUGUGUGCUCCAUGCAGUAGGUACAGUACGCUACUGUAUACGAGUUAGAAAAGUUACAGCAGCAAAUACUGAGUCGUUAAGGUCAGAUAUUUAUGUAUUGGCUUUGACUCCCAAUGUUUCCAUUUGUGAAGAUGGUCUGCUGUUGUUUGUCUUGUUUUAUUAGUGCUUCUAUGACGUCGCCCUGUUUUCUGUGUAAGAGAUUUUCUCAGGAAGGAAGGGCAUUACUGUUUGUUGUCUGCAGUGAGAAAUUAGUUCAGCACUUAAGAUGUUCAUAGUGCGCUAGCGCCUACGUUUGGUCGUACGUUAGGACUACAUUCGAAAAAACAUAUCGGUGCGAAUUGGCAGUGAGGUGCAUACAAAUGGUACUAGCUUGCUGUAAACUCAUUCACAAGGCACGUCUCGUCUCCCAAAGCUGAAACGAGACCGGACAGUAUUUACCCAUCGCAGUACUUUAACAUUUCUACACAAUAGAGCUUUUUUAUUUUCAUAUACCAGUCGUGGUAUUUCUGAGAGCAUGGCUUUUUUCAUCCGUAAGAGCCACCUCUCAUGUUAAUGUGUACUACUUAUUGCCACAGAAGCUGGGAUAGAGUGCAGAGUCCCUGAAGAUAACAAAUCAGACCUGUAGAUACGGGAAGAGUGCUUAUUUCUAAUUAAUCAUUCUUUAUUUCCCGAGAGAUUAUUUUUUAUGUUCAGUAUUUUAGGAUAAGGGCGAGAAAAUAAUUUUAUUUUUUUACCAUUCUUCGUUGCCCUGAUUUGAUAUUGACACGACCGUGGUGAUGACGACAACGACGAGCAAUUAUUUGCACUGAAUAUGCAUUUUGAAGAAUAAAAUGUAUACAACGGCAAGCUUACAUUUCCACCCUGUGUGGAGAGAUUCUGUAUGUCGAGACAGAAAUCUGUAUAUAGUUUGACCUUUGUACAUAUAUACAUAUAAAUGGUUGUGAUCACUUUGGCCUUUUUUUUUCUCCUUUUUUAUUUUCAUUGACAGGCAUUGCUAACUGCAUUGUGCUUGAAUCUGAAUUUAGACAUGUACAGCUUCAGUAUCUAUGAAAUGGAGAUUAUAAAAACGAUGGCAAUGAAAA